GCUCGUUAUGACUUAUGCCAUGUGUUUGAGUUUCCAUUACUAGCCAACUCUCUCUUUCUUUCUUUCUUUUCUUUUUUUUUUUGUUUUGUUUUUUGUUUUUUUGUUUCCAAUUCCUUAAACAAAUGCCCAUUUUUUUACUAGCAAAUCAAAAACUUGAAUAUCAAGAAUAAGAAAGAAAGAGGAAAAAAUCAGGGCAAAACACAAAGCUUAGAAAAAAAACAACCCAAAUAUACAACAAUGAGGCUAUGGAGAAAAGCUUCCGGUUUACUCAAAGAUCAAAAUAGCAUAUGGCUAGCUAGCCUAUCAAGACGAACAUCAUUUCGAAAUCCAGAAAUGGAAGCUGCCAUAAUCAAAGCCACAAGCCACGACGAAUUUUCAAUUGAUAUGAAAAACGUUGAUCGUGUUUAUAAGUGGUUACGUUUAUCUCCUAGCCACCUAAAAUCUCUCAUAUGGUCAAUUUCGUUACGUAUGGAAAAAACGAGGAGUUGGGUUGUUGCAAUCAAAGGAUUAAUGCUCAUGCAUGGGGUGUAUAGUUCAAAAAUCCCCGCUAUUCAAAGGAUUGGAAGGUUACCAUUCGAUCUCUCGAAUUUCAAAGAUGGCCACUUGGAUCCUUCCAAGAUUUGGGGAAUAAACGCGUUCAUUCGUGCUUAUUUCACCUAUCUUGACCAAAAAUCCUCCCUUCUUUUUAUGAAUUUGCAAGAAAGAAGGAACUUGCUAAACUUGGAACACGUCAACAACGACAACAACAAUAAUAAUAAUUAUACUAUUGUUGUUGGUGAAGGACGAUAUUCGAUGAUUCAAGAUCUUGUCCUACUUCAAAAAUUGCAAUUUUUGCUCGAUAUGUUGCUCGAAACUAGGCCAUUAUGUGAAACAGCUGUUGUCCCUCUUGUUCUUGAAGCUAUGGAUUGUGUCAUGAUCGAAGUCUUCGACGUUUACAGCAGAAUUUGCAACGGAAUUGCUAGAAUUCUGUUACGGAUUUAUUCUGCUGGAAAAGUCGAAGCUAGCAUGGCACUUAGGAUCGUGCAAAAAGCAACGAUCCAAGGUGAAGAAUUGUCAUUUUAUUUCGAGCUAUGUCGAAGUAUUGGGGUGAAAAAUGCAAUAGAGGGUCCAAGAAUUGAGCAAAUCCCUGAUGAAGAUAUCAAAGAACUCGAAGAAAUUAUCAACGGGGUUUCUGAAAAAGACGCGCAAUUGUGUAAAACCAUUGUGGUGCAUGAAAAAACUAGUGAUCAAAAUCUCGAAAAGCAGACGAAAUUGAGGACAGUGAUUACUGAUGAUUGGGAGAAAUUUGAUGAAGAUUUGAUGCAAAAUGAUGGAGUACUAAUUAAAGUUGCACCAAAUUCAAUUAAUCCUUUUGAAACUUGCACAAAUAAUGUACCUAGUAAACCUCAAGAGUUGCCAGAUCUAAUUAGCUUCUUAUAGCAAUGAUGACUGUAUGUGGAAACUUUCAGAUGCAUUGGUGACACAAAUCUUAAGAUAUGGAAAAAGAGACAAAGGAAACAUUAUUUACAUAUUUGUAUCACUAUAGAUAUUAGUUAAAGGAAUUCUUCUACAUGUUUGAGUCAUUUAAAAGCACUGCUACACACAAGAGCUUCGAUUUUCACUUCUUUUGAGCCGAGGGUAUCGGAAACAGCCUCUGUACUACCUCACAAAGGUAGGGUAAAAUAUGCGUACAUCUUACCAUGCAUCCCCAGACCCCAUUGUGAAAUUACACCAAGUAUAUUGUUGUUGUUGUUAUUGCUGCACACAAGAAUUAUGUUGGUGAAGACCCCUUGAGGUUGCUACAAGUUUUAAUAUGUAAGAUUCAUUUCAGAAGAAACAAAUGGCAAGGUGGUCGAAGCUCUUGGAAUUGAAAGAAAUUUGGUGGAUCACAAAAUCUUAAUGAUCUUCUCUAUCUAGUGAAUAGGAAGUUCCUACCUUGCACCCACUCCUACGUAUAUGCUUCAACAGGAAUUACCCCUGAUAAAAUGUCGGGAUGGAGAGAACAAUUAGGAAUGACAAAGGAGAAUGAACUAUUGGCUUUCUCAAAAUUAGGAAGACCUUUAGCCAAUGGUACCUUGCAACGAAUCAAGUCUAUGCCGUGCAAUAAAGACUUUCCUUAUGGUUUAAUUUACUAGUGGCGACGAAGUUCUUGAUGCAUGUUCUUGGUUAUCAUUGCAUCAUUGACGACCGCAGGUUGGUGCUUGUUGAGUUAAGCUACCAACAACACAAAAUGUCCAUAGGGAAGCGAAACAAGUGACAUAUAAUUUAGCAAAAUGUGGAUGUAAAUUUCUAUGGGAUAAUAUUAUUAUUCCUUUUUUUGUAUUGAAUACACUUGUGUAAGUGAUCUCUUGGUAUAUGGUACCCAAGGAAAAUCAACUCAUGCACUACUAUAAUAAUAAUAAUUAUGA